UACGCAAGGCGAAGCCAAGCGACGUGCGCACUGAGACCAAGCGCACGAACGCGGCGACCGAGGAGCUAACGGCACGAACAGAAAGCAAGCCGAUGGGCGAGACUGUUCGAACGACAAGCAACAUACGGCGGCUUACUGAUGAGGAGAUGCAGCGACGACGAGAAAAAGGCCUAUGCUAUUCGUGCAACGAAAAGUUCACGCCAGGCCACAAGUGUAAGGGUAAGGAAGUAUUUUUGUUAGAAAUUGGAGAUAAUUGCGAAGAAGAAGAACCACGAGAAGAGUCCUUAUUGCAUAUGGUUAAAAGCAAGAAGCGUGGUCCGAAGAUGAUCACAUUCACGGCUGAAGUGAGAGGAAAAUUGGUGGAAGUAGUGGUUGAUAGCGGAUCUACGCUAAACUUCAUUGAUGAGGAGCUAUCCAAAGAAAUCGAGAUUCCAUUCACCAAGGUAAAACCUUUUGGAGUCAAGGUUGAAAACGGGGAAACACUACGAGGAGAUAUUCUAUUCAAGGGUGUAAAGUUGAAGGCUCAAGAGAAGUUCUCAGGUCAGGGCGACCCCCGGAUCGUCGAUGAAUGGAUUCAGGGGUUGGAGUUUAUCUUCGAAGUAAUGGAAUGCCCCGAUAGGUUUCGCGUAGUUUGCGCUCAGCUUCAGCUCACUGGCGACGCGAGGCUCUGGUGGAACUCCUACUGGAGCAUGCGCCCCGGUGAAAAGGCGGGUUGUACGUGGGACAUGUUCAAGGAUCUUGUCCGCGACAAGUACUACCCUUCGUACUAUCGGGCAGAGAUGGAGCGCCAGUUCUUAGCGCUUCAGCAGGGCACUCGUACUGUCGAUGAGUACGAGCGUGAGUUCACCAGGCUUGCAGGUUUCGCACCGGAUCUUGUUCGCACGGAGGCCCAGAGAGCUCAGAGGUUCAUUGACGGACUAUACCCAGCAGUCCGUCAUAACAUUGUGGGACACGGGACUCAGACUUAUGCACGAGCCGUCUCUAUCACCCAGGAGGUUGACGCGAGCAUUAGGAGGGAGGCUGUUCGUGACCGUACUCAGCCAGUUGCCCCAGUUCAGCCAGUUGCAGUGCCACCAGCUCUACCAGCUCCACAGCCAGCCAAGGACAAGAAGAGGAAGGCGAAGGGUGCACAGGCAGACCGGAAGACCCGACAGAGACAGAUUCCACCAUGCCCGACUUGUGGCCGACUUCACAGGGGAGAGUGUCGUGCUGGACAGGAUAUUUGCUAUUUUUGCCAGGAGCCGGGACACUUCGCGAGUCGUUGCCCGAAGAAGCUUCAGCAGCAGCCUCAGCAGCCACAGCAGCAGCAGCCACGACAGCAGGCACAGAGACCGCAGCAGCAGCAACAUCAGCAGCGAGGCAGGCAGCAGGCCAGGGUCUACGCGGUCGAUCAGGCAGAGGCAGCACAGCAACCAGGUACAAUGUCCGGGAUGAUCGUUCUUAAUGAUGUUCCUGUAUUCGCUUUGUUCGAUACCGGAGCCACGCACACCUUCAUUUCCCGACGGU